AUAUGGUGCUGGUAUUCGAUACAAGACAUCUUAUUGAUGACUAGUUGCGCCAUCUGUUGAUCAGUAAUUUAUACGUUAAAUUUACCACUCUUGAAGAAUUCUACUCAGAGCAUUCGUUAAAUUGUUGAAAAUUUUGUCGAUUUACUUUUCCGUUAAAAGUUCGACAACCGGAUCAAGUUAGUUGAAAUUCAUUGAAUUUUAAUUUUAUAAAAUGAGAAUAACAACAAAAUAAGAUAACCAUUUUAGACAUCGAUAUCUGAGAAGAGAAGUCCAAACAUCCAUUAUAAGCUCUUCGUGAAAAUCUUUUAGGGUGCAUAUGAUCUAGAUCAAAGAUAUUCUGAAAUGACAAACACAGAACGAGGGAAAUUUUUCCUGAUUCCAGUCGCGCAAAUUUUCAAACCAAAACAAUCCUGGCAGCUUUUCGUUCGGCGUUCGGAAAUUGAAAAUUUCGUUGCCUUUUGCGGUAGAUUAGUGCCCUAAAUACUUAAAAAUGGCUCAACAGAUGGAGAAAAACGUGGCCUCCGUGGUGACUGCCGAUCAGGAAGAGGAUGACUGCGGACCGCUGUUGAUCGGCAAGUUAGAGGGCAAUGGCAUCACAUCAGGGGAUCUCAAGAAACUGGCCGAAGCCGGAUUCCACACCGUUGAGGCAGUUGCUUUUGCUCCGAUCAAGCAUCUGGUCGCCAUCAAAGGCAUAUCGGAGGCCAAAGCGGAGAAAAUUCUACUGGAAGCAACUAAGCUGGUCCCUAUGGGAUUUACCACUGCCACCGAGUACCACCAGAAGCGAUCGGAAAUUAUCCAGCUGACGACGGGUUCGAAGGAAUUGGACAAGCUGCUCGGUGGAGGCAUUGAGACGGGAAGUAUUACUGAGUUAUUCGGGGAAUUCAGAACAGGAAAAACUCAAAUCUGUCACACGCUUGCUGUUACAUGUCAACUUCCGGUAAGCCAAAACGGUGGUGAAGGUAAGUGUUUGUAUAUCGAUACUGAGGGCACAUUCCGCCCGGAACGAUUACUUGCCGUGGCUGAGCGGUAUAAACUAGUCGGAACGGAUGUGCUCGAUAAUGUGGUUUAUGCGCGCGCUUUCAACUCAGACCACCAGAUGAAACUUUUGGUCCAAGCUUCGGCGAUGAUGGUCGAAUCUCGUUAUGCUCUGCUGAUUGUGGACAGUGCAACGGCAUUAUUCCGAACGGACUACAGUGGCCGGGGUGAGCUGAACGCUCGCCAGGUUCAGCUGGGGAAGUUCCUGCGAAUGUUGCUCCGACUGGCGGAUGAGUUUGGAGUGGCGGUCGUUAUUACCAAUCAGGUGGUAGCACAAGUGGAUGCGGCAGCCAUGUUCACACCCGACCCGAAGAAACCCAUCGGUGGCCAUAUUUUGGCACACGCUUCAACGACACGACUGUACCUGAGGAAAGGACGAGGCGAGACGAGAAUUUGUAAGAUUUAUGAUUCACCUUGCUUGCCGGAAAGUGAAGCCAUGUAUGCGAUCAAUGCGGACGGAAUCGGAGAUGUGAAAGAAUAGUCUAGGCUUUUAUUGUGGACGAAUGGCAGAUAAGUAUGGGAAAUAACAUGAUUUGAAUGUGUGAAUUACGGAUGAAUGAAGAUUUCAGAUUUCGUUUCAAGUGAUGACUGUUGAAUUAUAAUAUUUAUAUUAAUGCGAAA